GGUAACAAUUAUUUAGGCAAACUCAAAACAAAUCGUUGAACACUAAUUUAGGCAAACUCAAAAACAAAUCGUUGAACAAGUUUUGGUUGAUGUUACCGUGGAACAAGGAAGAGUCUUCAUUUUCCCAGAUUCAUCCUCCUCUCUUCUCUCUUUUGACCAAACCUCCAUUUCCCAGGUAAAACUUCUCUCAAGUUUUAUGAUCCCUUCACGUUUUUGCUUCCAUGCAAAUCUCAGACGCAAGAUUCUGAGUUUUGCCCACAUUUGCUCCUUUUUUUUUAGAUGAGAUUUUGAGAUGAGUUUCAAUGUGUUUCAGGAUUCAUCAUCAUCACCAGUUUGAAGAUGGAUUCAUAUGUUAUAUUUGAUCAAAAGGUCACAAACGGGUUCACGCCUGUGUUAACGUACGCAGCAUGCGAAUGGUUUCUCAUAUUCCUCAUGUUCAUCGAUGCUCUUCUCUCCUAUCUUCUCGUCUGGUUCGCUCGGUACUGCAGAUUGCAGAUGCCAUGUUUCCUCUGUUCCAAGCUUCUUCACCCUCUACAUUGGAGAUUCUUGCUCUGCAGAAACCACAGAUCAGAGGUUUCAUCUUACAUGUCCUGUCAAAAUCACGGUAACAACCUUGCUGAUUGUCGAGGCAUGUGCGAUGAUUGUCUCUUGUCGUUCACCAAAAUGACUGGUCCGAAUCCAGACAUGAACAGAUUGCUUCUUGGUAAAUUAGGGUAUGAUCUGCUCUCUAAAAGCCAUUUUGCUCACCCUAGAUCAUGUUCUUGUUGCAAUAAACCAUGGAGGACGAGGCACCAUACACAGAGACUGAUCCGGUUAGGCUCUCGGGGAAGAAACUCCUCUGGUAAACCAAACAUUCCUGCUCCAAGGCAUCUUAGUCGCCGAGGAAGCAGUGGAAGCUUGAAGAAGAUGAGAGAUCAUAAGGCAACAAGUGGUGCUGAGUAUGUUGAUGUUGGAAGCCGCAGCGAUGGCAUGGCUCAUGUGGGUUACUCAGAGCUGAAGAUUAACUCGGAUUCUGAUUCCGAGUUUCUGUUUUCAGAUGAUGAUGCAUUCCUCCAAAUAGCAGAUUUCAAUGCUGAGCCAUCUGAGAAACGUGUUCACAGCUCUCGAUCUCGGAAACCGUUUGCAGACAAGAAGAUGUCGUAUCACAAACAGCCUGAUAUGCGAGAAGACAACCAGGAUAAGCACAUAAGGAAGACAUCUUCAAUGCUUGAGCAUAAUCUGGUAAACAAGACUCGGCAGGAACGACCUGUUAAAGCAAAGAGGCAUGAUGAUGCCCUCUCUGAGCUUAUAAGUAUGAGUGAAGCUCGUCCGUUUUUACUUGGUUCACCUAAAAAAUUGUAUGCUGUAGGAGCAGCACCACGAUAUGAAAAUGAAGCUGAGGUAAGUGGCAAGUCAUCUCCUGCUGGUGGAGAAUUCUUGAGUCCUUCUGGAGAUAACGGUACCUAUCGUGAAAUCCAUAAUCAAGAGCACGAUGAUUCGGCAGAUUUUACUCAAAACAUCCCCAGUUCAGCCGUGGAGACAGAAGAAUUUGAGGCAGCUAUGGAUGUGUCUGGUUUUGUUGAAAAUGAACCUUCUAGUGAAGAGGAGAAUGGAGUUGAAGGAGACUCCAAGACUUUGGCGUCGAAUGACAUGUCAGAUUCUUUGGAACAGGAACAGUCAAGUGAGGAAGAAAAGGAGGUUAAGGAAAACAAUGUUGCAGAAGAAUACUUCAGUAAUGAAGGAGAGGAUGAGGUCAGUGGGCAUUUCGAGCCAUUGACAUCAAAAAAUGUGUCUGUUUCAUCUGUUGAAGAACAAUCCAGUGAGGAAGAAGGAGCAAGUGAUGGCUAUUCGAAUGCAAAAGACCAUUCCAGUAUUGAAGAGGAGGUGGAUAAUGAAGAAUCUGAGCUAGUGACGUCAAACAAUGUGACUGGUUCUCUCACAGACCAAUCCAGUGAGGAAGAAGAAACAAGUGAUGGCUAUUCGAACGCAAAAGACCAUUCCAGUAAAGAGGACGUGGAUAAUGAAGAAUCUGAGCUAGUGACAUCAGACAAUGUGACUGGUUCUGUCACAGAGCGCUCGGCUGAAGAAGAGCAUGGAGAUCAUAAAGAGACUGAACCUUUGACGUCACCAAAAAUAUCCAAAGAAGAAUCUGAGCUAGUGACAUCAAACAAUGUGACUGGUUCUGUCACAGAACGCUCGGCUGAAGAAGAACAUGGAGAUCAGAAAGAGACUGAACCUUUGACGUCACCAAAAAUAUCCAAAGAAGAAUCUGAGCUAGUGACAUCAAACAAUGUGACUAGUACUGUCACAGAACGCUCGGCUGAAGAAGAGCAUGGAUAUCAUACAGAGACUGAGCCUUUGACGUCACCAAAAAUAUCCAAAGAAGAAUCUUCAUUAGAGCACAGUGAUAAAGAUUCCUCGAAGGUAACAGAGACUCGUAAUACUUCAAAUGAAUCACCGGAACUAAAGCACUCUGCCUCUGUAGAAUCUUUUGUAAGCAUCAGCAGUGACAUCGAAGGCGAAAACCGUGUUGAUUUGUUAAAGCUACAACUAGAACAUGACAGGAAAUGCCUAAGGGAAGUGACUAAAGAAUUAGAGGAGGAGAGAAGUGCCUCAGCUAUUGCUACAAACCAAGCAAUGGCAAUGAUCACACGGUUGCAAGAGGAGAAAGCAGCUCUUCAUAUGGAAGCUUUACAGUACCUGAGAAUGAUGGAUGAGCAAGCAGAGCACGACGUUGAUGCACUUGAGAGGGCAAACGAUGUCUUGGCUGAUAAGGAAAAGGAGAUACAAGAUCUUGAGAUGGAGUUAGAAUAUUAUAGAGCAAAGUAUCCAGAUGAGCCAAGAGACGAAAUUCUCGCUAGCAUGGGAAUUCUCGGUAAUAUAGAAGAAACAAGUGGCGCCUCAACUGAUGAGACCAGCAAUAAAGCUUCAGCAAACACCAAACUUACCGGUUCUCCCACGGCAGGAAAUUAAGAAAGAAUACACAAUUCAGAAGCUACAUCAACUUGCUGGAAAAAGGAUACCCAAAAGUGCUGAAAAUGGAUUUCUCAGGCUUGAGAGGCCUUUAGCAGUUGAUGGUCACAGGAGACCCAACAAAAUAAUCUGCAGAGGCACAAAGAUGAUUUCCAGCAUUACUGCGGAAACAUAUGGUGAAGAAAGCAAUUCCCAACAUGGAAAGUGAUUCUUUUGAGCAUAGUACUCACAGGAAGGGCAAGAAAGAGGGGAUUACCUUAGCGAACGAGGUUUCAACGGUAAAGAAACAUUUAGGAACACAAAAGACAGAGCUUGUGUUUGUAAGAAUAGGAAAAUGAAAAGGGGUAGAGUUAGUUGAAAAGAUGGCUUGGGGGGCUGCAGGAGUCACACAAUCGUGGGAUAGUAAGAAGAUGAUUGAUUGCCUGAUAUGCUGUUACCAUGGAGUGCAGGUGCGGUUUUGGAAAAGUCUAUCGUCUAUGCAAGAAGAGAACUAAACAUGAUCCAUGUUAGGAAGUGUAACCGAAUCAUUCAUUUAUUGUUUGUCUUUUUAGUU